GCGGCCGCCGCCGCUACUCGCUCGCCACCUCGCGCUUCGCCAACUAGUCGUGUCCACGGCGCCACCCGAAUAGCACGCGCGGCUGUCCUUAGAACCGGCCGGCACCCGAAUAAUGUUUCAGUGUCUGACAAACUCAAUAGGAGGUCUCGGAAGAAGUACCGUAUUUAAUUUACACUGUAUAACCAACCGCAUAUUCUCAGUGAGUGUUACGCAGUGUGUACGGAAAAAACUUUGUCGAAGAUUCUGAAGAAUUCUGUGUGAAAUUGUGUAACUCGCCGGCCCCAGUCGGAUCGCGUUUUGCACAAACUUUUUGACGGUGUGCGUAGGACCCAUCGCGCGCAUCGUCCUUGUGAUAAGGGGCUCUGUGAUAUCAAAAACUUCGUCGUAGCUUUAACACUAGUUAGUAUUUAGUUUAUAAAGAAAGAAGAAAAAACAAUCAAAAUGUCGCCACCGAUCCUCGACCCCAACAUACUGCAGUUCGACAUCUGGGAGACGUUGGACCAGGUGACGAUGGAGAUGGCUCAGACGUCCGAGUUCUGGACGCAGGUGGAUUACGAGGUGGACCGGCUGGACUUCGUGCCGCCGUCCAACCCGGACAGUCUGGAUGAUAGCGACCCGGACUGGAGAAUACCGGACAGUCCGGAAGACCAUAAGGACAAUAUUGUACACCACGAUUGUAUGUGGGCGGGUUCUUGCGUGGAUUCAGCGGUGCAUCCUUCGAACACAUUCGUUCCUACGGACUUGAUAUCGGCAACGCCAGGCCAGAGUCUUCUGCGGCGGGAUAUAUCGCCGCCUCGGCCGGAGACGCCGCCUUCGUUGGAUGGAGAUGAGCAGCAGUACCCGUUCGAGCACGUCGUGGAUGUGGCAAGUGCUGCACGCCGGCUGGUGCGGGACUCCGCCGCCGUGGCCGCAGACCACUCCUAUACCAUCGCGAGACAACGCAUCGAUUACCUCGGAGUUCAAACACCGUCUGACUCUUGCGAAUCAGAGGAGGAAAUAGACGUGGUGUCGGUCGGCACAACCCAUCAACCUUUGCCGGGCACCACACAGUCGCGAGACUCGUACUCGCGGUCGUCUUCAUCCCAGGACAUCAUGUACUCGCCGCAGCAGACCCCGCGGCCGGCAGCCAGGAAGCGUCUCAUACCACCAACGAGCAUACCCAGCGCCUCCGUGCCGCGACGAAAAGCACGCGGCCCGGGCAGGCGCGGCCGACGUUCUAACACUGACACCGACUCUGAGGCCGAGGCGCCCGACAUCGAGCGCCGUUCCAUACACAACGAUAUGGAGCGCCAGCGCCGCAUCGGACUUAAAAACCUUUUCGACGAACUCAAGAAGCAAAUCCCCGCGACCAGAGACAAGGAGCGCGCCCCUAAAGUCGUGAUACUGCGCGAGGCGGCGGCUCUUUGCCGGAAGUUGCGCGAGGAUGACUACGAACGGGAGACCCUGCAGAAGCAGCAGAACAAACUUGUCGCCAAAUUAAGAAAGCUCCGCAUGAUGGUAUCUCGCUACCGCGUGUAUUGAGCGGGCCGGUCGCUCUUUGCGGUAAUCGUUCGUUCAGGGAGGGCUCUCCGAGACUUCCUCGUCAUGCUAGAGGACGCUAACUUUAGUAAGUUGUGAUGCGUAUUAAUAAUUUCUGUAUGUAGAAUACGGUAUUUAUUAAUGACGCCGCUAAGGUCUUCGAAGAAUCGACGGGAGUUCAUUAAAUUUCAUCAAACUGUCAGCUUUUACGGCUUACUCUGCUUCUGUAAAUGUUGUAGUGAUUACCGCCAGUUAGUUUUGCUCAAACGAUAUUUUGCAGUGCCAAAGUGAGCCAUAAAACUGGCAAUCCAGGACUUCAUAUAAAACAUAAUAGUUACAGACUGUGAGAUAACUCGUAGACUGGGAUAUACCUCUGAAAUUUUUUUUCGAUUUAUUGUUUAAAAGUAUUUAAUAAAAUAGUUGUGGAGUGAGCGAUUAGAUUUGAAUCGCAUUGGAUUGUCAAACCAACUUUAGAUCAUAUAUCGGAAACGUUUAGUGAUUUAGUUGAGCGUUUCUCAGUGUCAGGACAGUACAGUAGUAUUAGAUUGGUUUUGUCAGUGUUGUACAUAGUGGCAAGUAGAGGCGUAGUGCCGACGGCGCAGACUUGGUAGGCUAGGCUGGCAGAAGGGCGGGUGGCUGCUGAGAGUAACAGAAAGUUCCGGAUGUGCUGGCCUCAAUAUAUGUUUUCGGCCCGGUUCGUAGGAUUUUCUAUUUCAUCCCACGUCUCGCGCGCUCGUGCGGGAAUUGAAUAGUGAUAUCAAAUAUAGUUAACUCGAUAUUAAUGUAAGUCUUAAAUAUGCAUAGGUUAGUUUGCUUACGGUUUUUAGUGGUUUUUGUUAUCAUGUAAAUUUAACACUUAAUGUUUUUAUAUUUAGUCGCGCCAUUGACUCCGAUACAACAUUUUAAAUACAUUACGUUCGAAGAAAUUAUGGACCAUUUAACUAUUUUUUAAUCAUUAUUUGUGCUUAUAUAUUGCACGUAAUUUACAUAGAAAUUUUACGCUAAUAAUACUAAGAUUUGUUAACGCUUGAAAGCGCUUUUCGAAAUAAUUUUCGCGCACUUUUUACUGUCAUAUGUAUUUGGCGCGGCGAUAAAAAAGUGAUUUUAUGUUUUAAAGCCAAUUCGCACUUCGUUAUUGUAUAAAUAUUCAUUAUUAUUUCGCCUAGUGUAUACGGAUUUAUUUUGUACGUUGUGAAUAUUAGACAGAUUAACAAAAUGUAGCAGCAAUUUAGCUAAAUAGUCCAGUGACUCAAAACAAUGAAACAAUCUCAGUGACUAGUAUACGUUAUAAUGGCAUAGACUGUGUAUUUUGAUAAUAACAUCAUAAUUACUUUAUUUCCGUUAAGAAAUUAAACAUAAAAAAAUAACCACGAAAUAGUUCCUCAUAGUACCUACUAAUAGAAAAUUUUGCAUUUUCUUUUAUAUAAUAUUUUACUGCAGUAAGUUAGUGAUGUACUUUCUAUGUAAAGUGGUUAGUUUAUAAGGCAGGCUGUCAGAUUGUGAACGCGCUAGUUUUUCGCCGGGGUCGAAGGCGCAAUAGCAUUCGGUGUCCGGGCCUUAUCCGCAAUUUGAUGUUAAUAUCAACAUGGUCAGCAGAUCGUACGCUCGAAGGCUUUAAUUGUGUGCGGAAUGUGCCUUGCUAUGUACAUAUACAAAUAGAUAAUAUUAGGUUUAUACUCGAAUUAGUUGCAAGAAAUAUUUUUGUGAGAUAUUAUGUAGGAUAUAGCGUUGUUUUAAUAAGUAGAAACACGAGGAGGUUUAUAGUUAUCCUGUUAAAGGUUUGCAGUUUAUCUUCCACUAGCUGUUAAAUGUACAUAAUAGAGAAUAGAUAGAUGUACGUCAUUUUUUAUAAACGAGUUUUUUUUUCUAGUAAUCGUUUAAUUUUUUUUCUUAAUGGGAGAGUUACGAAUUCUCGAAUGUUGUACCUGCAUUUAAUUUUUUUUUGUUAUACUUGACAUAAAUAAUAAAGUUAAUGAUGAUUUAGCUUAUGUUGGAAGUAACAUUGGUUUCUUAUUCGGUGAUAACAUACAGUUAAAAACUAUAGUUUUCGCGUAAGGGAAAGUCAGUAGAUAAAGUUUAAUAUAAGAUGACAGCUUUAUAUUCGAGAGGCAGAUCGACAUUACGGAAGCGUUAAAUCAAUGCACAUAAAACUGACAAGGCACAUUUCCACCACCGCCGGAUGGUACGUCUUGGGUCAAAAAGAAGUUACACAUAGCUUAUACAUAGCAACUCAAUUUGUAAAUUUUAUAAAUAAGGUUGGGAUGAGUAAAUAAUAGUUUAAUUUCUAUUGUGUAAUUUUUAUUUGUAUAGUAUCCGUAAGCGAUGGUAACAUCUAGCUACCGUUAGGGCCAAGGGAGAAUGUAAAUUUUUUUUAAAUGGUGGUCGAUCGGGCGAGUUAUUGUGAGCCAAGGUGAGCCAUAGUGAGCCGUGGUGAGCCGUAACACGCCCCCUGACGGUAGCUGCACACACCACUACAGAGAGUGCAGGACGCAAAAUAAAAUUCCGCCUAACAUUAACUUUGCACCCUGCCAUCUUUGAAGUGGCGUUAGUAUAAAAGGACAUUUGUACUUAUCGCGUCAGACACGACUUGGAUACUACCAUGACGAUGUGAAAAGUUCUUUGGUUUUUGUUCCUUAAUUAUGUAUAUCGAAAUGCUAAGAUAAUCAUUAAAUAUGGAAAUAAAUGAUAAGGCCGUUCCGGGGCAGAGUUGAGAAACCAUUGGCUAUUCGAUUGUGAUUUUUAUACAUUUUCGAUUUAUUUUAAUUGGGUUUUCGGCUACUAAAUUAGUGUUUAGAUUCUGUGAUUUUAUAUGUACCUGUGCGGUACGCUGGUGUGAUGAUGUUUUUAAUGCUCUGUCUUGGUCGGUGUAAAAAAUAAACGGUUUUUAUUCAUA